GAAGCUGAAAAUCGUAUUUUAUAGGCGAGUCUAACAAGUCGCUGUCAGGUGCUGUUGACAUAUCUCUAAACAAUUAUUUAUAAGUGACAGAACCUUAGAAGAUGGUUUCCAUGCAACGCCAGGACGAUAUAAUUAAUAUUCAAAAGCUAAACUAGGGAUUCGUGGUAUUGCAGGUGGACUUCAGUCAGCGGGAAAAAAAAGAAACCCUGCUUUUGCACAAGAAGUGCUCCUUCGGCUGUUCCGUUACACACAGACGCAGAAACGUUUCUCUUCUUAAGAUAUAACGAUAGAAUAAUAAUAAUAAUAAUAAUAAUAAAUAAUAAUAAUAAUAAUAAUAAUAAUAACGAUAUAUUCGACACUGAGCUAUUUUCUGACAGAUUUUCUGAGGACUUCUGUGCUUCGGGAACAUCUACAGCAACCAGGCGGACUGCGACCGGCGGCAUGUUUGCGACGAGACGCCUCGGUCCUCUGUGCAGAAGAUCGGCUGUUUCCACAUGGAGAAGUAAAAGUCAAAGUGCUGCCAAGAGGCUGGAUAUAAGUGGGAUUUAUCCUCCCAUUGCCACUCCAUUCACUGAGAGUGAAGAUGUGGAUUACCAAAGACUUGAUGACAAUCUCAAGAAGUACAGCAGUUUACCUUUUAGAGGUCUGGUAGUGCAGGGCUCUAAUGGGGAAUAUCCAUACCUGACCCCGGAGGAGAGGGUUGAGGUGGUGAAGAGAGUCAAACAGGCGCUGCCAAAGGACAAGUUAGUCAUGGCUGGAUCUGGCUGUGAAUCCACCGGAGCCACGAUCCAAAUGAGCCGGCUGAUGGCAGACGCUGGUGCUGACUGCCUGUUAGUGGUGACACCGUGUUUUUACCGCGGCCGAAUGGAUAGCAGAGCGCUCGUAAACCACUACGCUAAGGUGGCAGAUUCCAGUUCGGUGCCGGUUGUGUUGUACAGUGUGCCAGCAAACACGGGUCUCGACCUGCCUUUGGAUGCAAUAAUUCAGCUUUCUCAGCAUCCAAAUAUUGUCGGUCUCAAAGACAGUGGUGGAGAUAUCACCAGAAUAGCUCUGAUCGUGCAGAAAACCAGAUCGCAGGAUUUCCAGGUUCUUGCAGGAUCUGCCGGUUUCCUCCUGGCUGCGUACGCCGUCGGGGCCGUGGGAGGCGUGUGUGCCCUGGCAAAUGUCCUGGGUCAGCAGGUGUGUGAUCUAGCACAGCUGUGUGUUUCAGGACGCUGGGACGAGGCCAGAGAGCUCCAAUAUCGUCUCAUCGAACCCAACACAGCAGUAACUCGGCAGUAUGGUGUUCCUGCUUUGAAACAAGUAAUGGAGUGGUUUGGAUAUCACGGCGGCGUGUGCCGGUCCCCGCUGCAGCCGUUAUCAGAGGCAGAUUUACAGCAGCUUCGAGUCAAAUUCUCCUCCAAUGGCUGGCUGUAGAAGCAGAAACAAAGUGUUACAGGUUUUUCUAAAACCGAAUGUUGUGCUAUCAAUAAUUCAAGCAGAUUUUGUAAUUGCAUUAAAAUAUUUGCAAGCA